CGCAAGCCUUUAAGUUCUUUGUGAAUGAGUGAAAGUUAAAAUAAGAUAAAUUCAAUAAAUUUUUAUUGCAUCUAUAUUAUGUUUAUUUAAUUUAUAUAUUUUAGUUUACAAUAUUAUUUUAAAUUUCAUUACUUUUUUAUCAACCAAUAUAAAAAAAACGGAACGUAUUUUCUAACCUACGCAACAUAAACACGAUUUUGUUAUGAUAUUUUUUUUAUGGAAAUAGAAUAUUUUUGUAUAAAACCAUGAGUGAUAGUGAAGACAACAGUUCUGUAGAACAACACAAUGAUUCCGAUGACCGAAAUGAUGAAGAAAGGAUGGCCAUUAGAUCACAAUUAUCAACAUUGUCAUUUGAGGAACUUCAGAAGCUCAAAGAGAAAAUUGGAGCUAAAGUUUACAAGGAGGCCUUGUUUGGGAAUAAAAUGAAAGACAACAAACCUAAGGUGUUCAAGAGAGAUAACAAGAAUCGGCCAAGAGAAAUGAGCUCCAAGAAACCAGUUCCUAUGCUGCAAGCCACUAAGGUGAAGAAAAAAGAAAUCAGGGAUCCAAGAUUUGAUCCUCUCUGUGGUGAGUUUGAUAAGAAACAGUUCAAUGAAAACUAUGGUUUUCUAUCAAACAUACGCAUAAAUGAUAUCAAAGCUGUUAAAAGCCGCCUGAAGGAAGCCACAGAUCCCGAGGAAUCAUUGAAACUGCGUAGACUCCUACAGCGGCUGAAUGAUCAACACAAGGAGAGUAGAAAGAGUAGAAAAGAGAAGGAAAUGGCAGAAAAGAAGAAGCAAGAAAUUGAGCAGCAGUUCAGAGAAGGAAAGCAGCCAGUGUUUAAAAACAAAUCGGAACAACGGGUCGAAGCCCUGGUGAAGCAGUACGAGGAUCUCAAGAAAGAGGGCACGAGUCGCGUGCAGCGGCAUCUGAUGCGGCGACAGCAGAAGAUCAAGAAACGCUCGUUUAAAGCACCUACUGGUGUUUGAUAGUAAUAAAGAUUAUAGGAUAUUUUAA